AUGGCGGCCGCGCUAGGCCGUCUCCUGCCUAACGUGGGUGGGCCAAACUCUAAGGUUCGGCGACUGUACGCCAAUGUCGUGCAGUCAGUGUCCAUGUAUGGGGCACCGAUAUGGGCCGGAGCAGUCGCGGCCAGUCGGAGCAUCAAGGCGAAAAUUCAUCGCCUGCAGCAACGGCUGGCCGUGAGGAUUAUCCGGUCCUACUGCACGACAUCGUUCGUGGCGGCCACGGCCCUGGCGGGCGUUCUCCCGGCGGAGAUCCUAGCAAACUCGUACGCCGAAGUAUAUCGGCGUACGAGGGACCCAGACCGUCCGGGAAGCGCCCGUCUAAGACCAGGGGCCGUGGAAAAAAUUAAGAGGGAUGCCCGUCGCGGGGCCAUUACGCGUUGGCAAGAGGCCAUCGCGAACUCCGUGGCGGGCAGAUGGACCACCCGCGCCAUCCAACCCUGUCUACCCGAAUGGGUGGACAGGCGGAGACGAGGAUUAGGGUUCCACCUGACACAGGUGCUCACCGGGCACGGCUGCUUCGGUGACUACCUGUGCAGGAUUGGACGGGAGCACACAACGCAGUGCCAUCACUGUGCGGCCGAUCGGGACUCGGCGCAGCAUACCCUCACCGAGUGUGAGGCGUGGAGGGAGGAGCGCUGA